CCACAAACGAUGUUCGAGAAUUUUACGGUAAGGAUAAUUACAUAAUGAUCCUUUCGCUGCUCAUUCAUCUGAAGUAUCAAUCUCCUCUGUACAUAUAGAGAUAUCCUUGUAGUCAUGAUUUGAUCUCUUACUACGUUCAUUCUAUCAUUCCUCCACUCGCAUGUUUCCAGUAUGCCAUCAGAGAAAUACAGCCCACCAUGGGAGAACACAAGCAUUAUAGGCGUAGCGGGCAGUUCAGGUUCUGGGAAAACAUCUCUUGCAUUAGCAAUCAGAGAGGCAUUGAAUCUGCCAUGGGUCAUCAUCAUCUCCAUGGAUUCAUUUUACAAGCCUUUGACGAAAGAUCAAUCGGUACUAGCAUUCAAGAACGAAUAUGACUUUGACUCGCCGGAAGCCAUAGAUUUUGAUAUUUUGGUUGAGAAAUUGCAGGAUUUGAAGACUGGGAAGAAGGCUGAGAUGCCAAUUUACUCCUUCGCGAAACAUAAUCGCGAGCCUGAGACGAACACGAUAUAUUCUCCAUCUGUACUGAUUCUCGAAGGUAUAUUCGCCCUACACGACCAGCGGGUACUGGACAUGCUGGACAUGAAAGUUUUCGCAGAGGCUGACGCUGACCUCUGUCUUUCACGGCGUCUGGUCCGAGAUGUAAAGGAACGUGGACGAGAUAUCGAAGGCUGUAUCAAACAAUGGUUCAAAUGGGUCAAGCCCAACUUCUACAAAUACGUGCAACCGCAGCGAGAAAUUGCCGAUCUAAUCGUACCCCGAGGUAUCGAGAAUACGGUAGCAAUAGGCAUGAUGACCGACCGCAUCAACAAGAUACUGCUCCAGAAAUCUCGUGAGCACCAAGUCGAGCUGCGCAGGUUGGGUGUGGUGGCUCAGCUAACACCACUUUCGCCAAACGUCAUUGUUUUGCCAGAUACGAACCAGAUCCGUGCGAUCAAUACGCUAUUACUAGAUCCGAACACCGAUGCAGAAGACUAUAUUUUUUACUUCGACCGGCUUUCGUCAAUUCUCAUCGAGCGUGCCGUCUCUCUCCAGCCGUACGACCCCAUCACGAUUCUCACGCCCCAAGGAAACAAAUACUCCGGCCUGACAACGUCCGGUCACGGCUCAGUAUCAGCCGUCGCAAUUCUCCGGGGUGGCAGCAUUCUUGAGCCUGGUUUACGGCGGAUUUUACCCGAAUGUAAGACUGGGCGUCUUCUAAUCCAAACGAAUCCUCGGACUGGCGAGCCAGAACUGCAUUACCUACAACUUGCUCCUGACGUGGAGAAGCACUCACUGGUUAUGUUACUUGAUCCUCAAAUGAGCUCAGGCGGGGCAGCACUGAUGGCAGUGAGGGUGCUGGUAGAUCAUGGUGUGAGCGAGGAUCGGAUUGUGUUCGUAACAUAUAUGGCGGGAAGGACGGGUCUCCAGAGAAUGAUGAGCGUCUUUCCGAAUCUGAGGGUAGUCCUGUGCAGGGUUGUCGAUGAUAUGGAGGUGAGGUGGGUGGAAAAACGGUACCUGGGAUGCUGAGUCUUAAAUUUGGCCGUGCAAUGAUGACAUUAGGUCCUCUAGCUGAGGUUCACGUGCUUUGAGCCAAGUGUUUGCGGGCCGGGUGCUAUUUUAGAUGUCCAGACAGAUACGCACAGUUCCAGAUACUCACGUAAUGGAGGAUCAGACCGCAUCUCCAUGUGGCUGCAUGAACCGACGUGAGAGGGUAAGCUUAGCAUGGUAUAGAUUGAAAGGUCGGCCGGUCAGCAUGUAGAUGGGAAUUGAAUGUGCUCGAAGACUCAAAAGAGCCAGGAGAGGCCUCCAACUUAGUGUGCACGACUUCAUUACUAUUUCACUCGAGGUGAGCAGUAGAAUCGUCGCUAAUUUCUGUAUAUGUGUGCUCAUUCACGAU